GUAAGACCAGAAGCCAAAAAAAUUCUACGAGGAAAGCGUUAGGCAGGAAAGCCUGACGCGUCCGAGUCAACUCGCUCUUCGCGGACUCAGAUCCUUUAAUCUUGUACUUAACAACAUCGACAUUGUAUUUCUCCAAGACGAACCGGAUCUGCCUUUGUUUCUCCCUUCGAUCUUCGUUUUUUUGAGGACUCAAUAUAAUAAAAUUAAUUAUUUUAUUCUGUUGAGUGGAAAAUUUGGGCACUUUUUUCAUUAUUAAUGGUGUUUAAUUGAGCUGGUGAAUUUUGUUUAUUAGUACAACCAUGAGUUUCGUUUUCCGAGGGACGAGAUCAGAUUUAGAGAGUGGAUUUCCAGGUUUUAUUCCGGAGAGACGUGCCAUACGAGUCCAUGCAGGACGUCCUGUUAAUUCCAACUCUCUUAUGUUUCUUGUUACAGUGCUUUUGCUCUUCAUGAUAUUGAAUUCGCCCCAGAUGUCACCUAAUUUUCUGCUUUGGCUGGUACUGGGAGUGUUUUUGAUGGCCACAACCUUAAGAAUGUAUGCUGCCUGUCAACAACUUCAAGCUCAGGCACAAGCCCAUGCUGCAGCAGUGAGUGGCCUUUUGGGCCAUACUGAAUUACGGUUGCAUAUGCCACCUUCAAUUGCACUUGCAACCAGAGGGCGUCUACAAGGCCUUAGACUGCAGCUUGCUCUUCUUGACCGAGAAUUUGAUGAUCUUGAUUAUGAAACUUUGAGAGUGCUUGAUGCUGACAAUGUUCCCACAACUGCUUCAAUGACUGAGGAAGAGAUAAAUGCCCUGCCAGUUCACAAGUAUAAGGUCUCUGCUCCUCAAAGCAGUGACUCUUCAAUGCAACAACCGUCAUCUUCAAACCCACCUCAUAAGAAGCAGGAUCUUAAUAAUACAGUUGGCAGCAUGAAGGGCUCUGAAGAUGAAUUGACCUGCAGUGUUUGCUUGGAGCAAGUUAAUGUCGGAGACCUUAUCCGCAGUUUACCCUGUUUGCAUCAGUUUCAUGCUAGUUGCAUUGACCCAUGGUUACGGCAACAAGGGACAUGCCCUGUUUGUAAAUUCCGAGCAGGAUCCGGGUGGCAAGAAACCAGUGGAAUAGAUGCUUCCUACAUGGUAUAACUAUUUUUGGAGGCCUGUUCAUCAAUGUAUCUAACAUAUAUAUCCACAUAUACAUGUCCAUGGACCAAAAUGAGAGGUCUAAUCCAUUAAUUUAUUUCUAGAAGAGCUUUUAUCACUUAAUGGCCGAUGAUUAUAUGAUAAGCUAACAAUUUGUAUGAUGAUUUAUUUUGAUCUUAUCAAUUAUGUUAUCGAUCAAUUUUUUUUAUUGCAUUUUUUGUUUAGAAAUCAUGUAAUCAAGGAUUGUUCUGUUUUCGCUUUAGGGUUUCAAUCUUGAUGGAGUUUGGCAUACAUAUUUGAUAUAUUGUACAUUAUAAAGGUGAAAGAAAACCUUUAACAUGGUAGUUAAGUAGCAGAAAUGAGGUACUGACCCUUUUCAACUUUAACAAUGACUAAUAUCACCAUUUAAAUGGCUUGCAUGAAACUUGAUCGGUUUGAUGUGUUUUUAGUAAAUUUGGUAACUUAAAAUACAACAUGAUGAUAUAGCAUGAAAAAUAA